AUGGGUAGUUUAAGACAUCUUGGCCUUAAUUCAGCAAACUUCUCUGGAGUCAUUCCUCAUCAGCUUGGGAACCUCUCAGGCCUUCUCUAUCUAAAUCUUGGAGGUAAUUCUGACCUUUAUGCAGAUAACCUUCGUUGGAUGUCUAAUCUCUCUUCCAUUCAAUACCUUGACCUGAGCUUUGCUAACCUUCACAAAGAAGUUGAUUGGCUUCAAAUAAUAAGUAAGUUCCCAUCUCUUUUGAAGCUAUACUUGGCAGAUUGUCAACUUGAUAGCCUAAACCCAUCUCUUGGAUUUGUCAAUUUCACAUCUCUUCAAGUCCUUUAUCUCCCCAAUAAUCAUUUCAAUCAUGAGAUACCUAAUUGGUUCUCUAAUAUAAGUACAAGUCUCUUAGUGCUUGACCUAAGGAACUGUUCUCUGAAAGGCGAAAUACCUCAUGGUAUUUUGAAUUUUCAGAAAUUAAAAUCUCUAUUAUUGAAUUCCAAUCUCCUAACUGGAAAAAUUCCUGAGUCAUUAGGGCGGGUUAAGCACCUAAUAAACCUUGAUCUCCGAUUUAAUUCUUUAAGUGGUCCUAUUCCUUCAUCCAUUGGAAAUUUAUCUUAUUUGGGAGAUUUAUUCCUUUAUGAUAAUCAGUUGAACGGCAACAUUCCAAAGAGUCUUGGACUUCUCUCAAAUUUAAAGGCGUUGCUUGUUGGAUAUAAUCUCUUAACAGGCACUGUAGACGAAGGACAUUUCACUAAGCUCUCCAAAUUAAAGUACCUAGAUAUGUCUUUUACAUCUUUAUUCUUUAAUGUGAACUCUAAUUGGGUUCCACCUUUUCAACUUGAAUAUGCUUGGAUGAGCUCCUGCAAGAUAGGUCCUAACUUUCCUACAUGGCUACAAACACAAAGAUCCCUCAAAAUUUUAGAAAUGUUCCAGACAGGAAUUUCAGACAAGGCUCCGAGUUGGUUAUGGAAUUGGACUUCGAGCAUUGAAAUAAUCGAUCUCUCUAGCAACCGUAUAGAAGGGCAUGUCUCAGGUAUUGUGUUGAAUUCUACUAUCUUAAAUUUAAGAUCUAAUCACUUCAAAGGUCGAAUGCCACAAUUGUCUACAAAGGUCAAAGUGCUCAAUAUCGCUAACAACUCAAUUUAUGGAUCCAUUUCCAAUUUCUUGUGCCAACAAAGGAAUGUAAAGAAUAAAUUAGAGAUUUUAGAUGCAUCAAACAAUCUCUUAUCAGGGGAGCUUUCUCAUUGCUGGAAGUAUUGGCCGUCUUUGAUUCGUUUAAACUUUGGGAGCAAUAAUAUAUCAGGUAGAAUUCCUUAUUCCAUGAGUUCUUUAGUUGCACUCCAAUCACUGCAUUUACAAAACAAUAGCAUCAUUGGAGAAAUUCCUUCAUCAUUGAAAAUUUGCUCAAAUCUUAGGCUCAUUGAUAUAAGUGAUAAUCAUUUGUCAGACAUCAUACCACUCUGGAUUGGAGAUAUGACAAACCUUUUAAUUCUCCGUCUAAGAUCAAAUAGAUUCAAGGGUCAUAUACCUCUACAAAUAUGCCAAAUUUCUUCUCUUAGAGUGUUGGACCUUGCAAAUAAUAGUCUAUCAGGAACCAUACCGAAGUGCUUGAAAAAUAUAGUGCCAUGGCAAUACGGGAACCCAAUAUUCGAGACAUCUCUUUUAAUUCUUUACGAUAUAUGGAAUGAAUUGGAAUAUGAAAAGAACCUUGCAUUUGUUAAGAUCAUAGACCUUUCAAGUAACAACUUGUCUGGAUCAAUCCCAGUUGAAAUUUCAAUUCUUUCCGAGUUACGUUUUUUGAACUUGUCUCGAAAUCAUUUGAUGGGUAAUAUACCAGAAAAAAUAGGGAGCAUGAAAGAGUUGGAGUCAAUCGAUCUCUCUCAAAAUCAUCUAUCGGGUAAAAUUCCUCCAAGCUUAUCUAAUUUGACAUUUCUUAGUCACUUGGACUUGUCAUACAACAACUUCAUUGGCAAAAUUCCUUUAGGCACUCAGCUUCAAUCUUUUGAUGCUCUCAGUUACAUUGGCAAUCCUCAACUUUACGGUGAUCCUCUUCCAAAAAGUUGCACAAUAGAGGAGGAAUAUUUGAAUAAGUCACCAAUUGGCAAAAAAGAAGAUGAAUAUAAAAGUUCUAGCUUCUAUAUAGGUAUGGGAGUUGGAUUCACAACUAGCUUUUGCGCAAUUUGUGGGACUCUAUUCUUCAACAGGACCUAUAGGCAUGCUUAUUUCAGAUUUGCGGAUUAUAUAAAGGAUUGGAUUUAUGUGACUACAGUGCUAAAGAUGAAUUGGUUACUGAAGAAGAUUGACUACAAUGGAAAGUCUAAGGAGAAUUCCUCAAGUUAUGAUCUGCCACUGCUAUAG